GGGCGGGAGGAGAGGCCGCUCUGCUUGAAUUGUGGCACCGGAAGUGAUUUUAGUUCCAUUUAUUUUGUGUAUUUUUGUUAUAAUUCUGGAAGCUGUUAAAUUGGCAGGGGCCGUGUCCCUGGAGCGGGAGCACGUUCAUGGGGGCGGCUUUCCCGGCGCUUAACGGCAGCGCGGGCCCAGCGGCUCAGGAUUCUGGACCAAUGUUCGUAAAGGUGAAAUAGAUGGAAAUAAGGACGGAUUUGGUCGAUUUCAGUUCACAACAAUGGCUUCAUGAUCCCUGGUAACCACAUGAUUUCCAUGGUAAGCCUGGUGAUACACUUAAACUGAGAUGACAGCAACUGCACUGCGGAUAGGGGACCAAUUAAUCCUAGAAGAGGAUUAUGAUGAGAAUUACAUUCCAAACGAACAAGAAAUCCAAGAAUAUGCUCGUGAGAUAGGAAUUGAUCCUGAAAAUGAGCCAGAGCUUAUGUGGUUAGCAAGAGAAGGUAUUGUGGCGCCUUUGCCCCAGGAAUGGAAACCCUGCCAAGAUGUCACUGGAGAUGUCUAUUACUUUAACUUUGUAUCGGGCCAGUCAACUUGGGAUCAUCCAUGUGAUGAACAGUACCGAAAUCUGGUUUCUUUGGAGCGUGAAAAAUUGCUUGCUCUGAGUGGAAGCAAAAAGAAAGAAAAGAAAAAGAAGGAAAAAAAAGAAAAGAAAGAAAAAGAGCAACUUAAAUCUGCCACAAUACUGGGUUUACAACCAAGUCUUGUCCAGGCACCUCAAGGAGGCCUUGCUCCCCUACGUGGCCUUGGAGAGUUCCCAGCAAGUACACUCUAUGGUUCACUAAGCAAUAUAUCUGGAACUACGGGGGGACGGAUGAAGAGUACACUGGCAAGCUCUGCCACUUUCAGGAUCCCUAAAACAGGUGGCCUUACAACAAGUCUUCUGGGAGUAAAGCCUGAAGAGAAGAUCUCCAUGAACCUAGCAGACUUUAGUGAAGAUGAUGAUGACAUGAGUGGAGAGAAGAGUGCCCCUGAUACUGCUCAGCUCAUGAAAAACCUGCAUAUAGAUGUGGGGACCCUAGGUGAUGGUUUUGAAUAUGAGGAAAGUGCAGAAAUCGAUGAGGAUGCAGAUCAUGAUCAUGUUGAUGAAGGGACUGAACCUGAACUUCAAAACCUCCCAGGGUCUGAUGAAGAAGCAGGAAGUCAGAAAGAGGUAUCGUUUGAGCAAAGCCAGGAAAGGAGUCUACCUGGAAGUGUGCUUGACUCAGAAAGUCGUGAUGUGCAACCCCCAACCCCAAACAAGUUAAUCCCUGAUAAAGAAGCUGAUGAUGACAUUGACACUGUUGAUGAGAAGUUAAGCAUCCAAGAUAAAAGUGGGAGUGACACAGAAAAUGAUAUCAUUCUAAUGCAAGCUGAAGAACCAGGUGUCCAGGAAUGUGCAAUGGCAAUUGACAGAGAAGAAAACAAUGAAAUUGGAGCUGGAGAUAGUAGAUGUGAUUCUGUGGGUAACUCAUCAAAACUGCCGCCAGUUGAUGAUGAAGACAUAAAGUCUGAACAUAAGACUGGAGGUGACCCCAAAUUGAGCUGUGUCACCAAAGAUGAGGAAAUUAAGGCAGACAACGAACGGAAAGAUGGAGACAAAAAGGACUCCAUGAUGCCUAAAAGUAAUCAUCAUGAACCUCACAAGGAAUCUGAGUCCAGUCAACAACUUGAGGACAUGCAAGUAUCUGAGGCCUUUGAUGAAAGUGACACAAAUUUUGAACUAGAUGGCCCUGGUGAAUGGAAUGGAGGUGAAAUGGGAUGCCCCCUUUCCCCAAGUACAGCAGAGGAGGUCAUGACUCACACCAUGACAAUGAGGUCUGAAGUUUCCACCCAGGAUCUAGGGAUCCAGAUUCAGGCAGUAGAAAGAAUCUUAGAUGUGGAAACAUUGUCACCUGCCUUAGACUUACAACUUACACCCGAGCGGGAAGAUGGAGAUGGAAAGAAGCAAAAUGUUGAAGAUUUUGAAAGAAGGAAAAGAUCUGAAGUUGCUGAAAGAUCUAGUCAGGAUAGACAGAAGGAAGAGGACGAACAGAAGGAUAAGGAACUACUGCAUACACAGAGAUCCGUGGAGCUGCUCCGAGGCAAAUUGAGUGAGGAGCUAGCACAAGAAGAAAGACGGAUUCUCCAUGAGAGAAAGGAGCAGCUUUGUAAACUUCGAAUUAAACUCAGGCAGGAGGAGGAAGAGGAAACACAGCAAAUUUAUCGAGACAAAGAAAACAAAAUCAGGUUACUGAAAGAGCAGCUCAGGAUUGAACAGGAGGAAGAGGAGGCACGACUGAAACAAGAGCAGAGCAACUCACUGCUCAAACUGCAAACCCAGAUUAAAAAUGAAGUUGAAGCAACAGAAAAGGAAAUUAGGGUGGAGAAUGAGGCUAUACUGCAGCAACUUAGAGAUGAACUAAGAUCACAGCAGGCCACUGAGCAGCAAAAUUUGGAGGCCAAAAAAUGUGCUGUUCUGGAGCAGAUGAAGAAGGAAACAGAUGAAAUUGUGAAUAAAGAGAAGAUUGUUCUGGAAGAGAAGAAAGAGAAAGCUGUUAAUGAGCUGAGGGUACAGUUAGAAAAAGAAAUGAAAGAGGAACUGGAGGAGCUAAAGAACAAACACAAUAGUGACCUUCAAGGACUGAAAACAACAACUGAGGAAAAACAUCAAGAACUACUUUCUAAUCUUCGGAAACAAAUGGCUGAUGCCCACAAUAAUGAGGAAGCCCAGCUCCAGCGAGACAUUCAGAAAGCACAGAAGAAUGUGCAACAAAUUGCAGACUUUGAGCGAGAGUUGAGUGAUUUACUACAAGACAAACAAGUGGAAGUCGAGAAAGAUCAUGAGUGGAAAAUAGAACAAAUUAAACAAGAGCACGAACAAACUAUGGAGAGAAUUAGGGAGGAGUAUGAAGAAGAGGAGAGGCAGCAGAGAGCUCGACUCCUGAAGCAAUUACAGGAAGAACAUGAACGAUUAGCUCAGCUCCAUGAGCGCGAACUAUUGGAGCUUCGUCAGGAGAUGGAACAGCGUCUUGAUGAGCUAAGAAAAUUAAACAGAGAGAAAGAAUUGAAAGUUCAGGAGGCUGAGGAACAGCUGGAGUUGAGAAUCAAAGAUCUAAAAGCAAAGUCCAGUCUGCUGCAGAACCAGGAAAUGUCAUUGAAACUGAAAAGGCAACAACUUCAUGCUGAAGAGGAGCAGUUGGAAAAGGACCAAACUGAAAUCCUUUCACGACCAAGCAAACAAGAAGUUGAACAGUCAAAACGUGAACAUUCCACAUUACAGGAUUCAAUCCGGAAGGCCCGCCUGAACUUGAAUAAGCUACAGGACCAACAGGUGGAUCUUCACCUGGAGGUUGAUGCACUCCAGAAAGAAAGCCAGAAACUCCAGAAUAAACUUAGGUAUCAUGCUUUCGUACGUGAGUUAGAGGUGACAAUCAGAAAGAAACAAAGGAUGCUAAAGGAAGUGCCUGUAAUCAACGAAACCUCUGGUGAUGCAGAAGAGGGUGAACUUCAUAUUGAGGAUUUAAACCUGCACAUUAAAUCGGACUCCAAUUGCGGCAGGUCCCCAGUUCCCAGAACUGAAGAUGAGGAAGUCAGCAUGGAUAAUGUAAGGUACUAUAUCUCUGCUGAAGAACUAUCCAUCAAUAAAGCCAAAGAGUUCCUAAUGAGACAGACCCGCUCACUUCGGAAACGGCAGACAGCACUUAAGUCGGCUAAGCAGCAGUGGAGGCAUGAUGUCAGAAAAGCACAGGAAAAUGUACAAGAUCCAGAGAGCAGUCAAAUCCUGCAGGAUGUCUACAAAAAUCUGGAACAGGAAGCCCAACAUCUGGAUGAGAUGAAAUUAACAAUGAGGCAGGGCCAGCUGUUAUUGCAAAAAAAGGAAGAAAAACUUAAUCAGCUGGAAUCAUCUCUUGCUGAAGGGAUUUCAGAUGAAGAUGCACCAAAAAACACAGGAGACAAAAAAGCUGUGACCUUUGACCUUACAGACUCUGACGAUAUUAGCAGCAUUGCCAGCAUCAACUCACCUCAGCAGAAAACAGAUUUAAAGACUGAGUUGUCCCUUGCUCAACGUGCCAACAUACAGUAUCUCAGUGAUUCCGUUCAAAAAAUUACCAAUGAUCUUAACAGUGUUCUCUGUGUUCUUGGAUCACUGGGGAUGCAACAGUCACCGCUUUUUUCCACCGCACAGACUGUCAUUGUCCCACCUCCCAGCAACAGUGUGCCUUUGUCUGUGUAUACUUCCUUGUCAAGGACCCAGAACAGUGGGCCUUUGCUUUCCUCCAACACCGUUCCCUUGCCUUCACAAUGGAUUUGGAACAGAGGAACAAGUACCACCACUCAUCUUCCCACAUCUCAAUCUGUAGAUGAUGCACUAAGUGAGAAGUGGCACAAGUACUUCCCAGGAGGAAUGCCAACAUUAAGAAGUUCUGCACCCCUCGAGAGCCGUUUUGGUUAUGUUUCUGCAAGUGACCAAGUAAAAAUGUUACACCAAUCACAUUCCAAGAUUACACAAGGGGACAGAAACUCUAUUCAAGGGAUGAUUGAUGCCAAUAGAAAAUGGCUGGAAAGCUUCAAAAAGGACCCAAAAGUCCCUCUAUUCACAAAGACCAGCAGAACUCCAUCCACUCAAGGUUUAAUCCAGCUUGGAUUGGAUGAAAACAAUCAAAUCAAAGUUUACCACUUUUGAGAAGCUGAGGUCCUUUAACGGUAGUUUCCCUGUUAGAUGCGUGCAAUACUGUAAUAUUCAAUCUGAUGUAUAAACAGGGUCCCUCUUGAAAAGCACCUAUUAAUAAACUAAAAUAGUAAAUAUUUUGAAUCAGUUGUUGUUAGCAAUAAAGCAUUUUCUACCCAGUAUUUUUCUAAAUAACCCAACUGAGUAUUUAGCAUGUAUGUAUAAAGUAUGAGAAAUUGUGGUGGUGGGUUAUCAUGAUUUCUGCCGGAAGUAUAUUUAAAGUGUGCAUAAAAUGCUUUAUUUAUUUUUAAAAUGCGAUGACUUGAUGUUUUAUUUUGUAUAGUGUAGUGUUAUUGUGUCACUUAUUACCCAGAAAAAAAACUCUGAUCCUGGGCACAAAGGACAAUGCAAGCAUUUGCAAAAGGACUCUUCUCGGGUUAUAUUUGCUUUUGCAAAUCCCAAUUAUUCUUCAUAUUAUACCCAAGAUGUAGGAUUGCAGAGACUGAGUCAACCUCUACAUAACCUACCCCCAAUUCACCAUAUUCUUCUAUCACUUAUCUUCCAUGGACAUUUCUAGUUGUCUGUAAAGGAUUAUUGUUUCAGUAGCUGUUGCUGCUGACUUAUUCCACAGGCUGUUACCCAUUUUAUAAGAGUUUUUUUUAUUAGUUUUCCCCUACUGGUUCUAAUUAUUUUGCAUCCCUGGUACUAAAGCCCAUGAGAUCAUCUCAAAAAGUCUAUCUCCAAAGUUAAGCUGUUCAUCAAAACUGUGAAAUGUUACAAAUGUAACAGGUAAAAUGGAGGUAAGUGGAAAAAGAACAAAAUAGGAGAUACGAGAGAAACUGGAGGACAGGAGAGAUUAAGUGACAGAAGGGCUGCUAUGUGUAGCGACAAAACUUUCGUCACUUAUUUACAGUGCAUCUAUUGCUCAAAUCGUUCACCGCUGUUUAUUAAUCUUAGCAGUUCUUUACUUGAAAGCUUUUCAUAGUUUUUAAGAACAUCUUUUACUUGUUUUUGCUUUCUUUGAUUAACAACAUCAAAUCUUCCAACCAGUCAAUAUUUUGAAUUUUUUUUAAAUCGUCUAACUCAAAACAUCUUUAUAUCUCCGUUUAAUCAUAGUAACCUCAGUUGCCCUGAAGCUACGUGGUUUAAGCCAGAGUUAAUUUUAAGUGUAGCAUUAGUAAUAAUUUGUUAAAUUCUCUGAAUUUAUUUAAGAAUUAUUAUUCAGUGGUUUAUUUAUACAUAUGGAUAUAAGAUGUUUUGUACUAAACACAAUCAAAAAGUGAAACAAAUUUAUUUUGUAGUAUCUUUGAGUUAUGUAGCAAGAGGAACACCAUUUCCCAGACCUCGAGCCCUCUACACACCGUACGCUGCUUCCAUUCAUAGUUUAUAAUUCCUGCCAUUUGUUAAUGAUACCAAAGUUGUAGGAGUGACAAACAAUACUAAACAGUUACUAAGCUACUAAACAGGACAUAGAAAGAUUGGGCAGAAUAGUUAAACAUGUGGCAAGAUAUAAUUUAAGAGAAGUGUACAAGUUGAUGUAUUUUGUCAGCAAAGGUGAUGAAAACCAAAAAAAAUCAUGGCAAUGUUCAAAAGAGUGUAGGAACUGGCAGACCUGGGAGUGGCAGGAUGUCGAUCUUUAAAGGUGGUAGGACAUAUUGAGUUUAUGAUUAACAAUGUAAAUGGGAUCUCAGGCUUUAAAAAUAGAGUUUGAGUAUGCAGGAAAGUUAUGCAAAAUCUCUAUAAAGCUGUAUAGAGUAUUGCAUUAAGUUCUGGCCACAGUGCUUUAGGGAGGGAGAGACCUUGACAAGGUACAUGGGAGAUUUACCGGGAGUGAUCUGGAGAUGGGGGAUCUUAGAUAGAAGUUUCAUUUUGAUUUACUGUGGGUGUUCUCUUUCGAGCAAAUGGCAUCAAGGGGAGAUUUGAUAUAAGUGGACAAGAUUGACAAGCUCAGUUAAAGUAGACAAGUUUUUAAAAAAAACUGUCCCCAUUGGAUGAUGGUGCUAAUGCAACAAAAAGAGAAUACAGACUUAAGGUCUUCAGCAAGAGAUGCAGGGGGAAUGUGAGGAAGACUUAUUUUUAACACAGCAUGUGGUAAUAGAUGGAAGCAGAAAAUAGCAAUAAUUCCAAAAUAUUAGGGGAGUGUGUUUGACCAGGUUGCCAACUCUCUGGGAAGCAUAGGCUCAAUGAGCUGAACAGUCUCCUUUUGUGUUUUAUGUGAUUCUACUUAGUUACUGCUAAGCACCAGUUAUUCUGUACAUUGAUCAACUAGAAUGUUUGACAGACCAAAGAUAAUAUGACAACAGCAAAGAUCAAACCAGGUGCUUUAAGACAUUUGUUACAAUUUCGUUAAUUUUAAUGAACUAGGACUUUGCACUUUAAAUAGAUUUUUAAUUCAUUUAAGGGCUGUUGGCAUCUCUGCAGGGCUAAUAUUUAUUAAGUGAAUGUGGACCAAGAAUUGGCAAAUGGCAAAUAAUGUGGAAAAAUGUGAAAUUGUCCAUUUUGACAAAAGAGAGGCCCAGUGGUAUUACCACUAGCUUAUUAACCCACAGACCUAGGUAAUAUUCUGGCGACUCAGGUUCAAAUGCCGCCACAGCAGAUAGUGGAAUUUAAAUUAUAUUUUUAAAAAUCUGGAAUUAAGAGUCUAAUGAUGACCAUGGAACCAUUGCCAAUGGAUGGAAAAACCCGUGUGCUUUAUUAAUGUCCUAUAGGAAAGGAAAUGGCCAUCCUUAACUGGUCUGGUCUACAUGUGACUCUAGACCCACAGCAAUAUGGUUCAUUUUUAAACUGCCUCUGAACAAUUAUGCCAUCAUCAAUUAAUUUUUAAAAAAGAAAGAAUAAAAAGUGUAUUAUCUAAAUGGUGAGGCUGCAGAACUCUGAGAUGGAGAAUGAUCUGGGAGUCCUAAUGUAUAUAUCACCAAAAGAUGGGUACAGUAUAAAGUAAGAAAGAUAAUAGAAUCUUGUCAUUUAUUCAGAGUCAUAGAAUCGCGACAGUUUGGGAAAAGGCCAUUCAGCCCAUCAAGCCUGCACCAACCCUCCAAAGAACAUCUCACCAAGACCAUGCCCCCACCCUAUCCCCCUAACCCUGCAUUUACCAUAGCUAAUCCACCUAGCCUGCCAGGAGAAUUGUUGUGCUUCAGUUAUACAGGGCAAUGUUGAGACCACUUCUGGAGGAUUGCACAUUGUGUUGGUCUCCUUACUUAAGGAACAGUCUAAAUAUAUUGGAAGCUGUUCUAUGCUCAUACCUAUGGCCAGGUUGCCUUAUGAGGAAAGCUUGAAAGGCUCACCUUAAAUCUGCUGCAGUUUAGAACAGUAACAGACCACUUGAUUAAAAGAGAGAAGGUGCUAACAGGUGGCGACUGGGUGGAUCUAGAGAAGAUGCUUCCUUCGUUAGGCGAAUGAAAACUAGGGCUCAUUGUUUCAAAACAAGGGAUUGCCUAUUUAAGACAGAGUGGAAAAAAAAUUCUCACGAGCUGUUGAGUCUUCAGAACUCUUCUCCAGAAAUGGUGGUCAGCACAGAGUUCUUGAAAAUUUUUAAAGCCGAGAGAGAUUGAUUUUUGAUAUGCAAGGGACUGAAAGGUUAUCUAGGUAAGUGAGACUAUGGAGUAUUCAGAUCAGCUAUGAUCUUAGGAAAUGAUAGAGCAGACUCAAGGGGCUGAGUGACCUGUUCCUGCUCCUAAUUUGUAUGUUUUAUCCACCCCUUAUUAUGUUUCAUUUAUCCAUGCAGAGAAGGUGGUGGUGAGCAGCUUUCUUGAACUGCUGCAGUUCUUGUGAGUACACCCACGGUGCUGUUAAAACAAGUAAGCACCAUUGAAUUUUAGUGAGUAGAAAGUAAAGGCCUGUGAAGAUAAAACUAAGAUUGCUUUGGUUUGAGUUUCGCCUAAUUUAUGUCAGGUAAAUGAGUCCAAAAUAGUUCAGAAAUAGUGGAAAAAUAACACCUUCCCCCCCUCUUCGGGAAAUAGUCAAAUCCUGUAUAUCUCUGAAGAAAAAUGUGCAUUUCUUGCAAUACAUUUUUGUGAUCCUUUGCAGAAUAGAAUUUAAAAUUCAAAUCUGAAAUUUUCAUUACUAAAUACUUAGUAAACCAGCAUUUAAUGCGGUUUAUGAUACCUUGAAGCUUCAUUGCUCAAGGGUAUAAAAAUAGACAAGCAUGCAAUAUUUUAGAAAGCGUUCUAAUUCAAUUGCCAGAUUCAAAAUUAUGAGUACUAAUUUCAACAUUUCCCAAGGCAAAAAUAUGACAUAAAAUACACCCGUCAUUAUGCAUAUUUCAUUAUACUCUGCCAUGUGUGGAACAUGUUUAGAUCUCUGACCCCCAUUAUCGUGCCAAUUAAAGUGGUAUCUUGAAAAGUAUGACAAACCUUAUUAGUGCUGAAAUUAAAGGUGUUGAAAGCAAACUACCAUUAAUUAAUCAGCAAUAAAUGUUGAGUUUCCUGACUAAAUGAAUUGAGGUAGACCUGUCAAGUCUCCACUUUCUCCUCUGUGUGCACAAAAUCCUCUCACGUUAUAACAAAUUGACCUAUCUCCUGGUGAUCAACGACUUCUCACCAUUUUGUGGGUGGAGGUGGAGGCGGAGGCAUGGUAGUUCUGUUCAACAAGAUAAAGGCCUCAAAGUUGUUGUACAUAAAGUAGGAGCAUCUGUGGCAAUGUACAAAGAAAGAGUAUGAAAUUUUAUUGCAUCUUUCCCAAUCUCAGAAUGCCACAAAACAUUUUAUUUGCAAUGAACUAACCUUAAUCACUGUCACAGUAUAGAAAAUGCAACAACAGAAUUGUACCAAGCAAGGUUCUACAGACAGCACUGUGAUGUUGGCACAUCAUUUGUUUUAGUCUUGUCGGUCGUGUGAUAAAUAUUGAACAGAAUCACAGAGAACUUUCCAUCUUCUUCAAACAAUUCCGUACUGUCACAGGAACGUUUGUACUUAACUGACAGGUCAGACGGGGCCACAUUUAAAGUCUCAUCUGACAUGUCUGACAGCAAAGCACUUCCUCAAUACUGUCUGCCUGGAUUACGCAUUCACGUCUUUGGGGUAUGAUUUCAGAAAGCAUUUCUGGCAUUGUGCAGUUAUCUGGGAAGUCUGGUCCAUUUGAUCCUGCCAUCAAGACAGGGCCCAGUAAGUGGAAAAAAUGCGAUAUUCUUUCCAAGUGAAUGACAUUGGGGAGGAUGAAAAACAAUGAAUAGUUUACCUGAUAGCUUGUGGACCGGCAGCUUUUUGUUAUUAGGACCCUAAAUUUCCCGGAGGCACCAGAUACUAUAAUCUUUCAAGAGUUAAGGAAUAUUACACCCCGAAGCAUUUCAGAAAUAGGAGGCUAUCGGUUUUAUUUGGCAACUCAAGAACCAGGAGAAUCCAUAGUGGGAUUUUUGUCUCGAUUAAGAUGACUGUUGGAGGCAAGUGACUUUGGUUUAACCCUUAAUUAGAUGCUGAGAGACCAUAUGGCGUGUGGGAUUAAUGAUGUGACCAUGCAAAAGUACCUUGUAGCUGAAGCCCGACUGGACUUCAAACAGGCACUACAGCUGCCUUUAUCGUUAGAAAAUGGGGUAAGUGCAGCACAUCAGUUGCAGGGUAUUCCAAUGGAAGUAGUUACCCUUGCCAGUCUGAUUGAACUUGGGACACAACACUUGAGUGAGUCAAUACUUGAUUGAAGGCAUGUGUAUAGCCUCACUCAGGACAUAGCCUAAAUGGAAGGAUUCUAGGUCAGCCCACAGCAAAACCCAAAAACAAAGCCAAGCUUCAUCCAAAAGGUUAAAAUUUUCUUUAGAAUCUGAGCUGGCAAUCCAUUGUAGUUGCUUUUGAUAUGUGGACUUGAGACAGCAAAAGAAUCCCAUUAAACCUAAAUUGAGUAAAAGAACUCAGAGGCCAUAUCAGGAGGUUGCACCCCUUGGAAAGUCCACCUACAUCAGUUGCAACAGUUAAAUUCUUAGCAACAUCCAAAUCAAAACCAAUCAAAAGGAACAUCUGAUUAAAUGGUCACCUGGUUGAAGUGGAGGUUGAUACCAUCGCAGCCAUUUCAGUGAUUGCAUUAAGAAACUUCACAGUGGACUCCAACCGUCAAGUUUGCACAAGACUCUCAGGUAGGCUGGAACCUAAACCGGGGAACCUUUACAGAUUGAGGGUACAACUUUGGUUCCACCGUCUUAUGAGAAGCAGCUGGCUCAGUUACCACUGAUUGUAGUAAAAGGCUCAGGCCCAAGUUUGAUGGGGCGUAAUUAGUUGUGAAAGAUUCACCUAGACUGGCUCAUCAUUUUUCAAAUAGAAAAUGGCAGCCUAGUGAAGUCCUAAUUAAAUGCCAGGAAGUUUUUCAGGAAGACCUAGGCACUGCCAAAGGAGCCAAGGCCCCACCUUGCAUGUUCAAAAACAAAGUUGCUGGAAAAGCUCAGCAGGUCUGGCAGCAUCUGUGAAGGAGAAAACAGAGUUAACAUUUCGAGUCCGGUGAUCCUUCCUCUGCAUGUUGGCAGGAAGCAAUUCUGCAAGGCCCGCUCAAUGCCGUUUUCCUUGUGUGCAAGAGUAGAGUCAGGAACCAAAAGGCUGGAAAGCGAAGGAGUCAUCAAAUAGUCCAGUUUGUGGAACAGGCAGCACGGGUCGUACCGGUUAUGAAGCCCAACAGGUCAGUUUGCCUUUGUGGGGAUUUUGGAUGAAAGGUAAACCACUUUUGGUGUAUGGAUAAAUACCCAGUACCUCGCAUAGAGGAUUAUAUGCAAAGCUAGCAGCGGAGGCUAUCCUUCACAAAGCUGGACUUGAGCCAUGUGUAUACUUGUAAUUGCUAUUAGGUGAUGAUUUCCAGAAGUAUGCUACAGUUAAUACUCAUGAGUGUCUGUGCUAACGUACAAGACCGCCAUUUGGGUUAUCAGCUGUGAAAUUUUUCCAGCAGACAAUGGGGAACAUUUUACAAGGUCGCUCCCAGGUCACCAUUUAUCUAGAUGACAUGCAAGUAACAGGGAAAACCAAUGGGAGCACCCAGAGAAUUUGAGCACAGUCGUUAGACAUUUCUCCCAGGUGUAGGAAUAUGCUUUAGAUGGGGAAAAUGUGUUCUGGGUACCCCGAAGUGACCUACUUGAACAGUGGAGUCAACAAGACUGGGUUACACCCGUUGGAAGAUGGUGAGGGCGAUCAAAGGUGACCUGGCUCCCUUGUCUAUAGCUGAACUUAGGUCUUUCCUUGGGUUGAUGAAUUGUUAUGGAAAGUUCAUACAUAAUCUGGCCUCCACCCUGGCACCUUUGCAUCAACCCUUAAAGGGUCAGCCUUGGAAAUGGUCACAUAGCCAAGCCGUAGCUUUCAGGGAAGUGAAGAAACAGUUAUCAUCCUACAAGAUGUUGGGACACUGAGCUCAAGUGAAAUCUGGAAUUGAAAUGCAAUGCCUCCUUGCACUGCCUUGGGGUAGUAUUGGCUCAUUGGUGGCCCAAUGGAGAGGAAUGCCCAAUAGCAUAUGCAUCCAGGAUCUUGGCUAAUGCAGAGUGUAAAUGUGCCCAGAUAGAGAAGGAAGGUUUAGCGGUCAUGAUGAGAGUCAGGAGGUUACACCAAUACUUUUUUAACACUUCUCAAUUCGGCGGUGGGCUCUAAUACUAACUGCGUAUAAUUACAAAUUGGAGCAUCAUCCGGGAGGCCAAGUAGCAAAUGCAGAUGUGUUGAGCCGCCUCCUGCUGGCAGGUAUACAACUGAUGGCACUACCACUGAAAGAGUCCAUGAUGAUAUUAAAUUUUCUGGACACAUUUCCAGCCACAGCUAACAAUAUCAGACUUUGGAGGUGGAAAGAUCUGGCCCUGUCAAAACAGAACCAAAGGGCUGUUACAAGUAGACUUGAAACCUUUUGGACUUGGAGCGAUCAGAUCUCAGUAGAGGAUGACAUAUUAUGAGGGGGAAAGAGUGAUUGUCCCGAGCAAUGGUCACCACUAGAUACUGGCUGAACUCUAGGGUCAUCCGGAGGUUUCCAGAAUGUAGAUGUUGGUGAGAAGCUAUAUCUGAUGGCCAGGAUUGGAUGCAGACAUAACUGCAUUGCUGGGACAGUGCCCAAAGUGUGAACAAGGAUAAAAAUUACUGUCAACAGCUCCCCUACAUUCAUUGGAAUGGCUGAGUAAACCAUGAACUUGGUUACACUUUGACUAUGUAGGCCCUUUCAUGGGUUUAUUGCUCUUCAUUGUUGCGGACACCCGCUCAAAGUGGCUGGGCAUGCAUAGAGUUCAUUCAUCAAACACAGGGAUGAUAGCAGAACUGCACACAUUUUUGCAAUACGCAGACUCCCAGAAGUGUUGGUCACAGACUCUCCAUGUUUAAGGAAAGAUGGACUUGGUGAUGGGACAUUGGUCUCUGAAGUUAUUUCAGCACUCCUCUCAUGGGAAUUUUGCUUUUCCAACUUGUAACCAUUUUGAAUUUUUAAUUACAGUUCUGCUAUUUGGCCAAUAUAGUAUAUUUACAAGUGUACUUUGCAGCCAUAGAUAGUUGAGAAUCAUAAGGUGUAUUUUUAUUAAAUUCUUCCCAGGUAUUGAUGUGUUAAAUUGUGAAGCUGUAGAGCUUCUGAAAAAUCUCCCCAGCUGUUGCUCUAGUAGACAACAAUUGACAAAACAAAACGUCCUUCUACACAUACACCAGAACUGAGCAUGUCCGGCUACAGAGGUAAUUACAGGUUGCAAUUGACAUAGUUCAUUUCUUACCAAGGUAGAAUAGGACCCUCUUGUGGCACAGUGAUAGUCUCCCUAACCCUGAACAAGGAUUCAAGUCCCACCUGUUGCAGAGGUGUGUAGUAAUUAGGUGAUUUUUAAAAAAAGACUAAGACUGUAUAAGCCAUAUUGUUAAUUUUGAUCUUUCACUGUUCAUUGGCAGUAACAAAUUUAAUUUUAGGGCCUUCCCUGCAACCAAGAUGCUUCCCAUAUCUACAGCCACAAGUGGAAUGAGUUCCUGUGCAAAGUUGAGGUAUUUUCCUGGCUCCAUUACGCUAAGUGUGACACUUUAGAAGUCCUAAAUUGUCAUCAGCAGUAGGGCACAAAACUGCCCAGGUUCUCAUUAGCUGAAAAGGCAUCCAUUUGAAAAGAAUGGGCAGUUUCUCUGAGGAAUCAUUAACUCUGAUCCUUCCUUCACAGAUGCUCCCAGAUCUGCUGAGCUUUUCCAGCAACCUCUGUUUUUGUUCCUCAUUUACAGCACCCGCAGUUCUUUUGGUUUUUUAUUUGGCAGUUUCACUUUAUUGUGUUCAUGUUUAUUUUCCAAGGCCAUUAUUCAAAAGGACUUUACCACAUAACACACACUGCAGCUGAUGUCCAAGUCCAAGUAAAUCCCAACUUGAUGCAGUUUUUUGUCUCGUUAUAGAUCUUGUUUUGUGCUUGGUGUCAACAAUCUAUUCACCGGCAAAAAGUCAGUAGUCAAACAAGACAGAUUUUGUUAUUUUACUUCUUGAAACUAUCUGCCUUUGGCAUCUGUCCAUAUUUACUCUGAGUCGCUAGAUAUAAUUGUGAUGCAAUGUGUACAACUAGAAAGGAAGUUUCUCUGAGUUCAGUUAAACAGUUGCUGAGAAACUGAAGCCAGGCUGUAAUGUGUGCUGAGUGGAGGUAAGAGCUGUAUAUCCUUUUCUGAGUACUUUCAUUCUUAUUGCUAUACCUUGAUGUAAAUUAAGUGCGUUAAAACUCACUAAAAUCUUAGGGGAGGCAAUGGCCUAAUGGUAUUAUUGCUAGACUAUUAAGUCAGAGAUCUAGGAAAUGUUGUGGGGACCCGGGUUCAAAUCCAGCUAUGGCAUAUAGUGAGAUUGGAAUUCAAUAAAUACCUAGAAUUAAGAUUCUGAUGGUGUCCUUGAAACCAUUGUCAAUUGUUGGGGAAAAUGCAUCUGGUUCACUUAGUGCCCUUUAGGAAAGGGAAACUGCCGUCCUUCCUUGGUCUACAUAUGACUGCAGACCCACACAAUAUGGUUGGCCCUUAACUGCUCUGAGGACAGUUGGGGAUGGGUAAUAAUUGCUAGCCUGGCCAGAGAUGCUCGCACCCAAGAAUGAUUUUUUUAAAAAUAAAGUUUUGCCUAAACAACCUGCUGUGAAAAUACAAACAAAAUACAAUAAUAAAAAAAACACAAUUUAGCAAUUUCUCCUGCAGCCCCCCCCCAUAAAAAAAAUGGUGUGUAGUAUAUGUAACAGAAUGUGGGAACCUCUGAUGUACAUCACUAAAAAGUCCACAUUUCCAAAUUGGUUUCUACAUCACAUUUGAGACCACUCGAAGCUCAGACAGAAUUCAGAGGAAGCACAUUCAAUUUUCCCAGGUGACCUCUAUUCUGGGCCCUUAUGGUGCAGUAGUAAUGUCCCUACUUCUGAGCAAGGAGGCCUGGGUUUAGAUCCCACCUACUCCAGAGAUGUGAUAUAAUACAGCUGAACAGUCGGAUUUCCGAAUAUGUGUGGCCUCUAUUCUGCACCUCCUUUUGGUGUAGCCAAAAAGAAUAUCCUUGUCAGGAAAGACAACCAUCCAUUAUGUACAUUGGAAAGUCAUCAUUUGUAUGUCUCUUUGUUUCUUUGCAUGCAUCAAAAUAUCCUUAAAGUAAAGAAUUGUCAAUACCUUAAAUUUGGUCCAAUUUGUUACUAAUACAGAUUGGCAAUGAAUUUGAUGAUAAGAUGGUUGAUUAAUUGUGAGGUUUAAAAAAGCUGGCCUAAUUUUUGGUGUAAGUUUUGAGAUGAUACUACAUUCACUGAUGGUGAUCUUAGUGCCGGAGACCUCUGCUGAACUUUUUUAGUUUUGCAUCUAACAUCAGAUUCCAUGCAAGUAUUACCACUGCAUGCACACUGUGAUUUCCGCUCAUGCUUCGGAAUUCUCUUGGCUUUACCAUACUUAUUCAGACAUAGAGGAAUUCAAAAUUCUUAGUAAACAUGUUAUUGUGUUUUGGUUUUUCAAGUAAUUUUCCAGACGGUCUGAAUUUGUUCUUCUCCCAAACUGGAAUCAGAUUCAUAACUCAUCUGAUCAUCAACUGAGUUUUACUUCUUGAAAAACUCACAAAAGUGUGAAGAAAUGAAUCACAGUGUUCAAGAGAAACAGAAUUGUGGCAGACAUUGUCUGUCACUGAACACUAUUUUUGUAGCUUGUAGAGGCUAUUUUCUGACUUUACUUUUAGAUUAUGUGACUCAAGCCUCUUUGCUGAAAAACAGACUGUCUGAAAAUGUUGCAAGAAAGGUAUUUUUUUAUUUCUAACAUGGUUUUGGGUGCAAAGUCAUGGUGUGUGACCCCUCAAAUAAAACAAAGAACUUCGGACGUUGGAGAUUUGAAACAACAAAAAACAGAAGUUUCUGGAGAAACUUAGCAGGUAUUCCAGCAAUUUCUGUUUUUGUCUACAUGUGAAUUUCCUUUUUUUGUACCUCCUUUGCAGCCAGAAUCCUUUUCUGGCUGUGGCACAUGAGAAGUUUUAGGAAAUUCAGGUUGCCGAGGACUACCUGUAGAUAUGAAGAUAGAUUGAGGGAAAUUAAGCUUUAAAAGUGUUUCCCAUUGCAAACGAGAUCAUGGUUACUUCCCGAGUAGCCCAGCAGCCAGGCACAAAAGGGUUUUUUUUGAGAAAGAGCAUGUGUUUUGUCUGUGCAUCUUCCCAAUGAUUCCCAACUGUCUUUAGCUUGAUGGGGAAAGUCAAGGUAAUAUUCCACCUCAGGCUUGAGUGAGAAUCACAGUCAGCUGCCAAUGAUGUACCAUGGCAGCUGGUAGAAUUUAAAUUCAAUUCAUUAAAAAUUUGGAAUUGAGCACUAGUUGCAAUAAUGGUGAUAAUGAAGCAAUCGUAUAUUGUAAAAACCUAUCUGGUAUACUAAUGAUGGAAGCUUACCAUUCUUAAAUUGUCAGCUCCCAUGUGAUGCAGACUAACAGAAAUGUAGUUAACUAGUCUCAAAGUCAGCAAGGAAUGGCCAACAAAUACAUCACAUGAAAGGUGUGCAAAGUCAGAAGUUAGGAAAAGAUGAUAGGGUAACUCUGUUAAAUUAAGGAUACAGUUAGUACAAUCGUAAAGUUGGCCUCUGCUUGAAACAGCAAGAUGGAUAAUCUGAGUAGAGUUAAGAAAUAACAAAGGUUAGAGGUCACUUGUGGGAGUAGCUUCUCAGUCCCCUAACAGUAAUUUGACCAUAAGACACUGUGUACAGGAAUAAAUAAAUGGGGUAUGCAAGAAAGGUGCCACUAAAAUCACGGGUGAAAUUGACUUUACACAUAGAUUGGGCAAAUCAGAUUGGCAAAGGUAUCUUGGAAAAUUAGCUUGUGGAAUAUGUUUGGAACAACUUAUUAGAGCCUUGUGUUCUAGAGUCAAUGAAAGUGCAUGCUAAUCUAGACCUGUUAAUGAGCAGUGAGACAUGAUUGCUCAGUAACGUUGUGGUAAAGGAGUCUUAAAGUGAUAGCAACCACAUCAUGAUAGAAUUUCAUGCACAAUCUGAAAGUGUUGAGUGUGUGUCUCAAGAUUUGUUUUAAGCCAAAUAAAAAUAAUGAUAAUAGUAUGAAGUAGAACUAACUAAAAUGAACUGCAAAAAAGAGAUUACAAAGUGUAGGACAGUGGACAUACUGUGGCAGAUGUUUAAGGAGGUAUUAAAUUACUUAUAGUGGCAAUUCAACCCAGUGAGAAAGCAAGACUCUUUGAAAUGAAUGCAUCACCUGUGGCUAAAUGACAAAAUUGUGGUUCAUGAUCAUGGAGAAAAAACAUUUGGAGAUUUUUUUUUCACAAAUUGCCACCUUAAGAAAUAAAACUAUUUCUGAAACAAAGUGCUGAAGAAACUCAGCAAGUCUGUCAGACCUGAGGAGAGAAAACAGUGAAUAUUUAGAGUCCAAUGACCCUUCAUCAGAACUUUUGGGAAAAAGUGGUAUUUAUCUUGAUA